AUGCCCAGGAGGAGCAUCUUGGAGGUGAAGGUGCUGGACGUGCAGAAAAGGCGAACCCCCAACAAACACUAUGUGUAUAUAAUCAAAGUCACGUGGUCCAAUGGUUCCACAGAAGUCAUUUAUCGACGGUACAGCAAGUUCUUUGACCUGCAGAUGCAGAUGUUGGACAAGUUCCCAAUGGAAGGAGGGCAGAAGGACCCCAAACAAAGGAUCAUCCCCUUUCUGCCAGGGAAGAUCCUCUUCCGCAGAAGCCACAUCCGGGAUGUUGCCGUCAAGCGUCUGAUACCUAUUGAUGAAUACUGCAAGGCUCUGAUCCAGCUGCCACCCUACAUCUCUCAGUGUGAGGAGGUUCUUCAGUUCUUCGAGACAAGACCUGAAGACCUGAAUCCCCCCAAAGAGGAACCCAUUGGAAAGAAGAAGUCUGGGUUUAUCCAGAGAACGGCUUCUUUCCUUCAGAGAGGCGGUGACUUGGCAUUAGUAGAUCCCAUGGUCCUGGAGCAGUAUGUGGUGGUGGCAGAUUACCAGAAGCAGGAGAGCUCUGAGAUCAGCUUGUGCGUGGGUCAGGUGGUGGAUAUCAUUGAGAAGAAUGAAUCAGGCUGGUGGUUUGUGAGCACAUCUGAUGAGCAAGGCUGGGUCCCAGCUACGUGCCUGGAAGCUCAGGAUGGUGUCCAGGAUGAAUUCUCAAUGCAGCCCGAAGAAGAGGAGAAGUACACAGUCAUUUACCCAUAUACCGCUAGAGACGAGGAUGAAAUGAACCUAGACAAAGGGGCUGUGGUAGAGGUGAUCCAGAAAAACCUUGAGGGCUGGUGGAAAAUCAGGUAUCAGGGUCAAGAGGGCUGGGCUCCGGCAUCCUAUCUGAAGAAAGGAACUGGAGAGAUGUUUACACAGAAAUUGGGAUCUGGCUCAUCCACCCACUCGUGUGCCCUGGAUCUGGAUGGUGUUCCCCGGCAGCAGAACUCAACGGGCCGAGAGAAGGACGGGCCCAACAACCAAAGAGAGGGAAGGUUUGAUGGCCGACCGUUACCGCAGGCUGACAUUCGACGCAAGUCGCCAAAGAUGAGGCAGAGGCCUCCUCCUCGCCGAGAUCUCACUAUACCACGUGGUUUGAACCUGCCUAAACCUCCUGUCCCUCCCCAAGUGGAAGAAGAAUAUUACACCAUUGCUGACUUCCAGACCAUCAUCCCCGACGGCAUCAGCUUCCACGCAGGAAUGAAAGUGGAGGUGAUCGAGAAGAACCUGAGUGGCUGGUGGUACAUUCAGAUUGAGGAGAAGGAAGGCUGGGCCCCAGCUACCUUUAUUGAUAAAUACAAGAAAACUAGCAAUGCUUCUAGACCUAACUUUCUAGCACCAUUGCCUAAUGAGAUGGCCCAGCUCCAGCUUGGUGAGGCCACUGCGGAGAGCAACACCAACGAAGAAGCCACGGGGCCAUCUAGGCCUCUGCCUGAAGCUCCACCUAAUGGUAUAGACUGUGGAAUGAAAUGGGCCAAAGACUGGAAGGGGAAGGAGGCUCUCAAGAGUGCCCCCUCGGAUAGCAGCGAUGUAGCCGCUGGGUAUGAGGAGAUCUCUGAUCCAGAUACAGAGGAGAAGCCCAGCCUCCCACCCAGGAAGGAGUCAAUCAUUAAAUCCGAAGGUGAGUUAACGGAGAGGCAAAGGCCUCCACCCAAGCCCCCAGGCAUGAUUUUGCCAAUGAUCCCUCCAAAGCAGACAGCCGCCCCGAGGGACAGCAAGAAGCCAGAGCUGAAAACAGAAAAGGGCAAACUGUUCCAGCUGAAAAAUGAAAUGGGCCUGGAGUGCGGGCACAAGGUGUCAGCCAAAGAAGUGAAGAAGCCGAACCUCCGACCCACUGUCAAGCCAGCCAAACCAAAAGCUGAGCCCCCAGAAGACAAGUCUGAGCCAAUGACCCAGAAUCCCUUCUUGAAAUCAAAACCUCAGGUCAGGCCGAAACCAACUGCAGCCCCCAGGACAGACCCACCUCAGGCAGAUGAUAAACUGGACAUUGGCAAUCUGAGAAGCAAGCUCAGACCUGCAAAGUCCCAAGAGAAACCCUCUGAGCAGGACCCCAUGCCUACUGAAAAUGUCUUCAAUAACAAUGCGCUCCCAGCAGAGGUUUCUGGCAGGCCUCAGGAGCGACCGAGCGUGGAGAACAGACCCCCAACCAAACAGGACAGCCAGAUCCCAAAGGAGGCUCCACCCAGAGCUCCCUUCAGCCUGCCAAAGAUGGCCGACAGUGAGCCCAAGAACAGCUCCCCGACUCCCAGAGAGCCACCGCUUCAGCGGCCAGUGGUGCCACCCAGGAGACCUCCUCCUCCAAAGAAAGUGGUAUCCUCCUCCUCUGGUCCCACUUCAGAGCUGAAAGCCCCACAGAGGGAAGUGCCUGAAAUCAGAGCAGCCUCGGUGCCUGGCCGGCCCAUGCUGGUUCCACCAAAGGCCAAACCAUUCCUGCCUGCUGUGUGUCAAGAUGAAGCCAAAGGGAAAAGCAGCUUAGGCCCAAAGGUAACGCCCAAGCAAGUGGAGAGAGGGGAAGCCAGGGAGAGGACAGCUGCCCCCUUCACCAAUCCAGAUAUCUCCAAAGAAGCCCUCUAUGUGGCUGUGGCAGAUUUCGAAGGAGACGAAGAGACCAGCAGCUUUAAAGAAGGGACCUUAUUUGAAGUUCGUGAGAAGAACAGCAGCGGCUGGUGGUUUUGCAAGGUCCUAACUGGAGGACCUUGUUGGGAGGGCUGGAUUCCCUCCAAUUAUCUAAGGAAGAAGCCAUAG